AUGACGGGCGUCCUUAAUCUGGAUCCAGACAGCGUAGUGUUCUACGUGGGCGGCUAUCCUGAGGACUUCACUCCUCCAGCGGCACUGCGAUACCCCAAAUAUCGAGGAGCCAUAAAGCUCUCCUUUGUCAAUGACAAUCCUGUGUGUCUGUUCAACUACAAGCAUGCAGCCAACUUAGGUGAACACCCUUUUGUGAAGAUUUCCCAGUCAGAGGUGUCUGAUUAUUAUGACGGGACUGGUUACCGCAUGGCUCUCACUAGUAACCCUCAGAAGAAGAAGAGACGACUGUUCAGGUUCCACACCAACAGCCGAGAGACAAACGCCUUGCUGUUCUACAUUGGAAACGAAGAUUCUUACUUCUGUGUCUUCAUGGAGAGAGGGCACCUUGUGCUUCAAGGGAGACAAGCCGGUCAAGAGCUAAAAUCUCAGAGCGGUGAAAAAGUGUCUCUAUUUGACAUGCAGUUUAUAAUUGCCAUGGAUGACAAGUUCAUUGUGAACUACAGAGCGAAGCAAAUCUCCACAAAUUACACCAAAGCAGAGGAUAACAUCACAGCCCCACCACUGAGAGGGUGUGUGGAUCACCUGACGGCAGAUGGUAUGUACGUUGAGUACAACAGGACCAUCGGUGUCAGCGUCGGAUGUCCACUGUCACUGCUGGGUGUUCGUGAAGCAACAUAUAACUCAGUUGUGUCUGUGAACUCUCUGGGUGUUUGGGACACGGUGCCAGUCACAGUCUCUCUGGGCUUCAGGAGCACAGAGAAACACGGUGCUCUUCUUAGGAGCAGCUAUCAGAUCCAUGCUCAGACAGGAUCAACAAGUCAGCAGUGCAGACAGCGCCUGACACUCUAUGGAGGAUACAGGCUGUCUGAGCCACACAGCUGGCUCAGUUACAGCGUUCCUCCUGAGGAGCUUAAUUACAGGCCUCACUUCUCCCUUGAAGUCAGAACCAGGUCAUCCAAAGGACUGCUGCUGUACAUUGCAGGGAAGGGAGACAUUUCCCUGCUAGCUUUGUUUAUGGCCGGCGGCAAAAUCAAGCUCUCGCUUGGGCAAAACAGAAUCAUCCACCAUAAGAAGAAGAGCAAUGAUGGAAACUGGCACAGAGUUGUGUUCAGUGUGGAGAAAAACACUUUCCAUCUGCUGGUUGAUGGAAUCCGUGUGACAGAUGGUCACUUGUCUAACGAUGCGGGAUCAUCUCUAGACCUGCAGAAUCCUGUGUAUUUGGGAGGAGUUCCAAUACGCAAAUUGUCAAAAGGGCAUUUAAUCCCCAAAGAGAGUGUUAUUGGCUGUGUUCGGGAUUUCAAACUGAAUGAGGUGUUAGUUGGGGAACCAGUGGCUCACCAUGGAGCCUCAUCCUGCUUUGAUGGACUCUCAGAGGCUGGGACAUAUUUUGGGGGAGACGGCAGCCACAUUGUCUUAGAUAAGUACUUCACUGUGGGCUCUGAUUUUGACUUGGCCUUUGAGCUGCGUCCGCAGCACUUGACUGGCCUCCUCUUCCACGCUCGAAGUCCUAAGACCAGCUUCGACGUGUUCUUAGUGGAAAACAAGGUGGGAGUCAAGGUGAAUGAUGGUAAUGGUGCUGUCAGUGUCUCAGUGAUGCCUCAUCAAAGCCUGUGUGACGGCAAAUUUCAUGCAGUUACAGUGUCCAAACAGAAAGAAGCUGUCAAAGUAACAGUGGACUCCGUGUCUGAGCAGAAACUGGGUCCCUCCCCGUCCACCUCGUCCUCAGCGACACUGGAUACCCUUUACAUUGGAGGGACAACAAAGAGGAGCAGAGCCCCCGUGUCCUCUUCAUUUAUUGGCUGCUUGCGGAGAGUGAGGCUCAACGGGAGGCCUGUUGCAUUCAAAGCUGCUUCCAGUGUGGUUGGCACUGUGAACAUCAGUAAAUGCCCUGCAGCCUGA